AUGCCGGUUGACGAUCUUCCAAUGUAUCCCACGCCCCAGCAGGCGGCCUACGUUGUCCAUGAUAGUCCUCCAAGAAGCUCCAGAAAACAUCAACCAAUCCAGAAACAUUCUAACCAUGGAUACGCUCCACCACAGCAACAGAGCUCCAAUCUGUAUCAUCAUUUACAGCCUCAUAUUACCCAGAGUGGCUACUCCCAGCAACAUUCCCUGCAUGCCCCUCCUCCUAGUGCUCCACAGCAACAUCAACCUAGUCCUUAUCAGCAACCUACUCACUAUCUGCACCAACUGGGAGUUCAAAACAAUCAACCACAACUGUACUAUAGCCAACCGCCAGGUGCGUACUCUCAACAGUAUAAUACUCCCGCGGCUGCCCCGACUCCGCAACAGCAGUAUUAUCAAUCCCAGCAGGCUCCAGUAGCCCCAAAGGUUUCCAAUCCUCCACAACAGGUGUACCAAUCCCAGCAAAGAUAUCAUUCUCAGGAGCAUAUUGCUCCACAACACGGAGCGCCCGUGCAACAGGCUCCUUCUCAGCAGCGAUACCAGUCUCUGUCGCAAGCCCAACCGCUGCCCUACUCGUCUUCUGCUCCUCUGUCAAAUUCGGGCCACUUGCAAAAGAAGCCGCCAGCAAUGGUAAACCGCUCCAAGGAGUCGUUGCCUGAUAGUAGUUCUGGUGGCAGGCAGGUUUCGUCGUCGAGACAGAAACUCGAAGUGGAAUUGCGUUCUGUGUUCGAAAAGGUUGACAUCAAUCGUUCAGGACGCAUAUCCGCAAAGGAACUUUCCAUGGCUCUCGUCAACUUUGAUCACACCAGAUUCCAGGACUCAACCAUCGGGCUAAUGAUUAAUUUGUUCAGCUCACCCACAGGCAACGCUGGCUCUCCAUCAAACUCAUUAACGUUCGACCAGUUUGUGUCCUUGUGGAAGUAUUUAUCCGCUUAUAAAAAGCUCUUCCUUGCUGCUGACUCAAACAAAUCUGGAGAUAUCUCAUUCGGAGAGCUUCAAAAAAUCAUCGAACAGAUCGGCUAUAAUCUCAACAUCGAUUUGGUUUUACAUCUUUUCCAAAAGUUUUCGCAAAAGGGCCGCGAAAACAGUACGGUGAACGGAAUAUCGGUCGGUAAACUCAAGUUCGAUGCAUUUAUCGAACUCUUGGUUUACUUGAGAAAGUUGACCGAUGUAUUUAAGAAAUACGAUAAGGACUUGUCAGGAGUGGCCACCAUUGGCUUUCUGGACUUUUUGUUCGAGGUAAGUAAUCUCACAUAA